AAUUGAAAAUCAAUUUUUUUGCAAUUCAAAAUGAAAGACAAAAAGAGUAAACGUAAGCCUGCCACUGAAGAGAUCGAUUAUGAAAAGAUGGACUUAACCUAUCGCCUGUUCACAUUUCUGAUAUACGAAGAUAUCAUUUGGGACACUGUUCUAAAGGACAGCAUCGUAACAUGCAGCCGAUGCAUCGAAUCGAUGAAGGCAAAGGUUUUGCAGGAGAAUGUUGACUACAGCGUCCAACUAUCGGAAGAGAGAGCUGCGUCUUUGGGAUUAACAUUGGGAGAUGAAACGGCAUGGGCUGGUAGAUUUGCUGAAGAAGUAGCUGAAAUGGCUAAAGAUCCGGAAUGGGAAUGUUCUCAUCGAAACAGGGUGGCUGCGAAUGAGAGCACCUACUUUGUGGAUGCAAUUAGGGCUGGAGUUAGACAAAUGUUGGCAACACGUCCUUAAAGGUUCAUGCCAAUGUGAACAACGAAGCCGCAACUGAUGUACCAUAAACCUUGUUAUACCCGCGAUUUUUUUACAUAUCGAAAAUUUACGUUACCCAUAUUAGCAUUUAUUAGCCGAGGUCAGUAAUUACACGUAAAUGUGUUGAUUUAAGUGUAAUUAUUAACCUCGGCUUCGCCUCGGAUCGACACCAUUUGUACGAGAAUUCGACCUUUCCGCAUUUUAUUCGAACGAUCACAAAUAUAAAGUGGAUUUUUUUUGUUACUAUAACUGUUAGAAUGUGUAAGACAGCUAUUACAAUUAAGACCAGACCUCAUGUUACACUUAAAUACUACAA